UCACCCUAUCCGCCUAACGAGUUAUCACGGCCAGAAAUUGGAACAUUUAUCGACAACAAAAUUAUAUUCUUUGAUAGUUAUGACUUUGGCAUUAAUAAUACAAAAGCUUUUUUCUUAGACCUUUCUGUAAACUGGACCACAUCAACACCAGCUUUCAUUAAAAUUAAUGAUCUAUUCAAUGUACCAAUGUUUGAUUAUACUACUUUUAGUGCACUUAACAAAAGUGGACUUUCGUUAAUAUAUGCUUAUGGUGGGCUAAUUCCAAUCAAUUUUAAUAGCUGGAAUACAGGAACUUUCGUAAGUGAUUUUUAUAAGAUUGAUGUAACAUCUUAUCCGUUUUCAAUCUCACCUGUUAGAGCUGGGAGUAUUUCACCGGGUCCACGCUCCAAUCAUAAUUCAAUUUUUGAUGACAAAGGAAAACUUUAUAUCUGGGGUGGGAAAACUGUUGCAAAAAAUGGAUCUUAUAUAAAUGAUCAAACCAUGUAUAUAUUUGACACUUUUAACUCAACAUGGAGUCAAGUUCUUCCUUCUGAUGCUCCUGACCAAAGAUCGAGUUAUUCAGCAACUUUUAAGGAUGGCAAAAUUUAUUUUAUUGGUGGCUGUUUUUCAAACAUCCCUGGCUGUAUAUGUGUUGAUAUUUACGAAAUUUUGGUAUAUGAUACACUUGAUAUAAAUAAUCCAUGGACUAUAAAAAAAGCAACAAGUGAUACAAGUAUUUCGUAUAUAAGUGGUCGUUAUGUUCACUCGGCCGUUCUAGCACCCAAUAAUCAAAGCAUUAUCCUAUAUGGUGGCUUAACGUCAAAUGCUUCAGGUAUUCCACCUGAUUAUUUGAUUAGCUUAGACUUGCAAACGUUCAAAUUUUCAAUGAUUGUGACUAAAAAUGAGUCUAGCAUUGACGAUGUAUCGUUUCGUACUACAAUUGUCAUAUAUAAUAAUUAUAUGAUUGCAUGUUUCGGAGUUUUUUUUACUAAAAAUCCUAAUAGAAAAGUUAUCAGAGUGUUGGACUUGAAAGAUUAUACAUGGGUUGAUAACUUUGAAACUCAAGUCUCAAAUUCAACAACGACACCCGCACCAACUCCAACUUUUAUUAAUAAUGAUAACAAAAAGAUUAUUAUUUUUUCCACAGUUGGACCGAUUUUAGUGAUUAUACUUGUAGGUUUCAUUGCCUUUUUAUUUUACAAUUAUAAAAGAAAACAAAAACAACCAAAUAUUGAUAAUAAUACUGCAACACAUAACAGCUUAACAGAAAAUAAUAAUCAAAAUAAUUUAACAAGUGAUUAUAACAUUAGAGAUAGCUAUGUUUCUUCACUAGCUUUUAAGUCUGAAUCAUAA